AUGGGUGAGAUAGACGGCAGAAGAGUCAAAGUCAAUCCCCCGUUAAAAACUGAAAGUGUCGUGCAGAGUUCAAGGAAUUCAAAAGUGUCACCACUCAGUGAUGCGAAUACAAUGCAAGAAAGAAAGAGAAAGUUUGAGAAUUUGAGUGAGUCCUGGGAGAAUAGAAGAGGCAUCAUGAUGAAGGCGUCCCAGGUGGGUUUGCUUCUUCGUCAGAAAAAUGUCCACAAGAUCGCGGAGAACAAACCAGUUAUUCCAGCUUUUCAUCUCAACCAACUUGUGACACGGGGUCACUCAGGACAUGAACCAAAAUACUCAGCAGGCAAAGUGAUUUUCCACAAAUCAAGAUCAACCCUCCGUCUGUAUGCCAAGUAG